UAGCAGUCCUGGCGCUUUUUCCGGCAUCAAUGAACGUCUCUAUGGUUUCCUCCACCGAACCGAAACCACCUCAGGCAAGACAACAAAAAGAGUUGUCGGUUCGGCGGCGUGACGUCAUCAGCGGGAUACGGAGGAAGAUCCUGAAGGGCUCGGCGGGAGAGAUGGGUAAGAAGCACAAGAAACACAAAGGCGACAAGCACGGCUAUGACGGCAAGGGGGAGGCGCGCUCUGCGGCUGAGAACCAAUAUGUGGAAAAACCAUUAAAACUUGUCUUGAAAGUUGGAACUGGAGAGGUUAAGGAGCUUUCGACAGCUCGAGCUGCUGCCCUCCCACAGGGUUUCCAUGAAGAUAAGUCAGACCAUGAUAAGCACAAAGACAAAAAGAAGAAGAAAAAAAAGAAAACUGAAAAGGUAGCACCUUCUGGUGAAGAGAAGAAGAAGAAAAAGGAUGAUAAAAAGAAAAGAGAGAAAAAUUCACAUGAAAGUGACCUGGAUAAAGAACGCAGCCUCCAUUCACCACUUGGAGCUGAUAUACCGGCAGUAUCUGUUCCAGAAUCUUCCUUGGCAAAACCAGAAGAAGAACAAACUCCACUGCAAGAGGCUUUGAAUCAGCUUGUGAGGCAACUGCAAAGAAAGGACCCCAGCUCUUUCUUUGCAUUCCCUGUCACAGACUUCAUUGCACCUGGUUAUUCAAUGAUCAUUAAGAAUCCAAUGGACUUCAGUACAAUGAAGGAGAAGAUUAGGAACAGGGAAUUUGAAUCCAUAGAGGAACUUAAGGAAAAUUUCAAGCAGAUUUGUCACAAUGCAAUGAUUUACAACAAACCUGGAACCAUUUACUACAAGGCUGCCAAAAAAUUGCUUAACUCAGGAAUGAAAAUCCUUAGUCAGGAGAGAAUACAGAGUCUGAAGCAGAGCAUAGAAUUCAUGGCAGAUCUUCAGAGUACCAGGAAGGACAAAGACAAAGCAGACUCGCAGGCUAUUUCAGAGAUAAUGGAAGAGCUGACUGAAGAAUCAAUGGAUACCAGUGAUAUAAAGGCUUUGAGAAGUCCUUCAAAAGACCUCAAACGAAAAGAUAAAGAACAGGAGGACAAACAAAGUGAUGGGAACGCAGAGAAGGAGCAGGAACUCAUUGACCAAAUCAUUAAAGAAUCUUUAGGAAAAUUAUCAAAGAGAAUGGUCUCUACUCAGUUUGAGUUUGAGAGACGGAAAGCAGAUGGGACCACAACGCUAGCCCUAAUCGGUCCGGCAGAUUCUGUAUUAGACUCUAGUCAUGGCACUGCUAUCCUUGGGUCGACAGCUGGUCGACUGCAGUCAGGAGUUAAUUCGCUGCAAGGGUUCAAGGAAGACAAACGCAACAAAGUCACUCCAGUUUUAUACUUGAACUAUGGACCAUUCACCUCCUACGCUCCCUCAUAUGACUCAACGUUUGCAAACAUCAGCAAGGACGACUCUGACCUUAUUUACACAACAUAUGGAGAAGAACCCAAUCUUCAGGGCACGUUCAGCAUAGAGGAAUUCUUGGAGAACUCAAAAUACCAACCUUAUGGAAUAGCGGACUGUAUUCUUGAUGUUUUCAGUGAUGGAGAAUAUUCCAGAACAGAACGAGAACAGAAUGCAGCAACUAUGGGUGAACAGUCGUCAAAGCCAGACACCAGCAAUAGCUCUGAUGACUUUGUAAGUCUGAAGUCUGUGCUCGGAAUAUUUGAUGAAACUCUUGAUAAUGAAGAAGCUGAGAAGAUCCAGAGGAAACUUGAUGAAACUACUGUUUUGAUCCGGGAGCUACAAGAGGUGCAAAAUGAUCGUCUUAGUACAAAGCCUCCUCCUAACAUGAUCUGUUUACUGGCACCAUCAGCCAAGGAACUUCAGAUUGCUGGAAAAGUUAAUGAAAACCUAAAGGAAUUAGCCCAUCAGGUGCCUCCAGGGGACAUUGUUAGUGUUCUUGGCAUCCGGAAGGCUAUGGGAAUUGUCUCUCCUUAUGUGAGCACAGAAGAGAUGGUGGUGGAUCUGACUGCAGGAGCUCAAGAUGGCACAGUGUUAUGUAGAAAUGGAAACGAGUGCCCACCGAUAGGGACGUAAAGUUGGAAAGAAGUAGAACUUGUAAAUGAAUACAUACCUUUAAUCUUUUACUACAAAUAAAAACAGGACCAUGGUUUUGAUAACAUCUGUCUUAAGUUUAUGUGGGUAAAAAAAUGGGGCAUUUGCAAAGGGAAAAACCUUAAGUUUUUAGUUUUUUUUGCAAAUCAAUAGUAUUGUGCAGCUACACUGUGAAUGUAAAUCUUGGUCCUGUGAGAGGAUUCUUUAUAAAAGGAAAAUAUUUUACUUCAAGUAAAAAUAGUUACAUCAAUAACGUCUAGUACAGCUAUUGCCAUACUGGAUGUUAUCCACAUAACUAAUUAUGUUGUCGUGAGAACUUGUAUUCAAUUCUCGUCCUUAUACAGGAAGCAUAUACUCAGACUUUCCAACAAAGCAUAUUAUAUUAGGCACAGUUUGCCCCCAGGUAACCUCCAGUAACAUACAUGGAGGUAAGAAAAUUAAAUAGAAGUCAUUUUAAGUCUUUCCCGAUAAAUUUGACUGCAACUUGAAAAAACACCUCAAUUUUCUAAUUGUAACUUUUGGUGCAGUUUAUAUACACAACUAGGCCAUUGUCUUGUAAUACCAACAAAAAGUUGACCUAAAGGCGAUGUUUUAAUCCACGGCUGGAUAAAAUUGAGUUAUGGUUGCCACAAUCAAAACAAUGACAUUAAGGCAAUUAAAUUACAUAGUAAUUAGUCAUACAUCAUACAUAAGGCAUCUGCAUCAGACAUGGCAAUAAAUAGAAAAACAAUUCCCUUGCAGGGUUUACAAAUGAUUCAAAUACAUUAUCCUACAUCUGACACAACAUUCCACAGAGGAUAAAACACGGCAUUGUAGCAUUUACCACAUAAAUAAACAUUUAUCAAAUGUGAAAAGCAGUUUACAAAUUAUUUUCUCAUUUUGUAGAAAUGCUAUACUGGCACAAUAUGUUCUUAAUCUUUUUGUCUGGGCACUUAGAGGUCAUUUGUUGGAGGAGAGUAUUUUAAAGGAUGUGCUCACAACUUCUGUGUUCAUCGGAUAGCAGGAGUGCUAACACACAAGUCUCUUAUGUUAUUGCCUUUAGACACAAAAGAAAAGCAAGUAGAAAGUAAAAACUUUAAAGUUUAAGGCAGUAGGGGUCUCCCUCCCACUGAAUUUGCUGUCCACUGCCUGUUAGGUUCAGUACAUCAAUAGUAACGGAGACAAGAUGGACUGUAGGGAGUGGAGGUGGGGCAAUGCUUACCACAGGCUGCUCCUGUCUGCUCAUACAACCAGUGCCUCAGCUCUAAGCUACUAGAUGUAUGCAGCUGCUGCAAGGAAGUCAUCUCCUGUUUUACUGCAGUCAAAUAAUUGCUUGUCUAGUUAGUUACAGUCAUCUACACUCACGUAUGUGUGGUUUGUCAGUGUCUGUGUUAUACAGGUUUUUUACUUUUUAUAAUGCUGGAAAAUAGGUGCAAAAAGAGGUGGUACUGAACUUGGGGUGGAUAGCUGGAAAAGUAACGUAGCCAAAUCUAUGGCUUUAGGGAUAAAGAAACAUUUGUCAAAAUUGUGGAAUCUUUUAAAAUGUUUGUUGAAAUCCCAGCUACGGUACAUUUUCCUGGUCAUUCACUUAUGAACAGACGUCUUAUAGAUCAAUAGUGCAGAUGAACAUAUAAACCUUUUAGAUUAUAUUUUUAGAGGAAAAAAAUGUCUUUUUCCAAAAAUAAAGAAGGUCUUAUUUCUAAAUGAACAGUGGCCAGUAGAGAUGAGUGAAGUUACAGUAAUUCGAUUCGUCACAAACUUCUCG